UAUUACAUCCAUCGUCAAUGUUAUCACAAGAGUUUAAAACGCUCAAAAAUCUCGGUUUUAGGCAUUGUUUGUUGCAAGCGUUAUCAUUUGCAUCUGUAAUCUGUACUGCAUUGUCUGUAUACAAAGGACUAGGCGUUGUACUCAACACUGAGUCACCAAUUGUUGUCGUUUUAUCUGAAUCAAUGGAACCCGCUUUCGCUAGAGGUGACAUUCUCUUCUUAUACCACCCACCGUACAGCACACCUAUUAAAACAGGUGAAAUUACGGUCUACAAGAUACCAAAUUCAGAAAUACCAAUAGUACACAGAGUAAUCGAUCAUCAUAUCUCAACAGAUGGUGAUUACAACACUGAAUUGAUACUCACAAAAGGUGAUAACAAUCCAGGGGAUGAUACCGUACUCUACAAAGGGAAAAAAUGGCUUAAAAGGGAUCAGAUAGUUGGUAAGGUUAUGGGAUACAUUCCUUACGCCGGUUAUAUAACCAUUUUGAUGAACGAUCAUCCUAAUUUAAAGUACGCUGGUAUGGCUAUAAUGGCAUUGUUUGUAAUGUUAAAAAGAGAGUGA